AUGUGCACCCUGCUCACCUCACAGUCCCUGCCUCUGCUGCUCCUGCUGCUGCAGCCACUUCCACUGCAGGUUCUAAUGCUUGGUGGACAUGGUUCCUCGGAUGAGAUGGAAGAAAAAUUUCAAGAUUAUUUGGAUGAAUUACAUAGUACAGGGCCUACCAGACCACCUACCAAAGAGAGUUUCCAAAAGCAUGUCAUGCUUUCGCCUGAUUACAAAUUAUUUGAGUAUCACCUGUGUACUAGUGAAAUGUUAACAAGAAAUAUCCACAACAGAUACUACUGUAGGAAAGAACAUUUCUUCCUCUACAUAGCAUAUGAGGAGCUGCAAAAGACCUGUCACACCAAGUAUGUGGCAUGUAAGAAUGGUGUUAGGAAAUGUCACAAGACCAAGGAACAAAUAGAAGGAGCAUACUGUGCAUUAAAAAAGGGAGUUAGCAUGCCAGUCUGUGAGUAUGAAACGACUUACAAGAAGGGAUAUGCUCUUAUUACUUGUCGAUGGCAAGAUGAUAUUGGAGAAAUUAUUCCUGAGUAUGUAAAUACUAUUUUGUAA